GUGCUGUCAACUUGCCGCAGAAAAAACAAGAAAUUUACAAGUCAUCGGCAGAGUGUUUGAGAAAAGAUCGGCAAUAAUUGCAUUGAACAAAGCGUAAUAUUUACCAAGAGCAGGCAACCAGCUAACUAAACAUGGCUCAGACUCUGGAGGACAAGUCGAUUUGGGAGGACGGCGAGGAGUCGCUGGGCGAGGAGGUGAUGCGUAUGUCCACCGAUGAGAUUGUGAGCAGGACUCGCCUUAUGGACAACGAGAUUAAGAUCAUGAAGAGUGAGGUGAUGCGGAUCACGCACGAGAUCCAGGCGCAGAACGAGAAGAUCAAGGACAACACCGAAAAGAUCAAGGUUAACAAAACGCUGCCUUACUUGGUUUCCAAUGUCAUAGAGCUGCUGGAUGUGGACCCACAGGAGGAGGAGGACGACGGAUCAGUCACUGUGUUGGACAACCAGCGCAAAGGCAAGUGCGCCGUUAUCAAAACCUCCACUCGUCAGGCCUACUUCCUGCCAGUCAUCGGUCUGGUGGAUGCCGAGAAACUGAAGCCCGGUGAUCUGGUGGGCGUCAACAAGGACUCGUACUUGAUUCUAGAGACCCUACCGGCCGAGUAUGACGCUCGUGUCAAAGCCAUGGAGGUGGACGAGCGACCCACAGAGCAGUACUCCGACAUCGGCGGAUUGGACAAGCAGAUCCAAGAGCUGAUUGAGGCGGUAGUGUUGCCCAUGACGCACAAGGAAAAGUUCAAGAACCUCGGCAUACACCCGCCUAAAGGUGUUCUCCUGUAUGGUCCCCCUGGAACCGGAAAGACUUUGCUGGCCCGAGCCUGCGCUGCCCAGACCAAGUCCACCUUCCUUAAGUUGGCCGGUCCGCAGCUAGUACAGAUGUUCAUUGGUGAUGGUGCCAAGCUAGUGCGUGAUGCCUUCGCUCUGGCCAAGGAGAAGGCUCCAGCAAUUAUCUUCAUCGACGAGUUGGACGCAAUUGGCACCAAACGUUUUGAUUCAGAGAAGGCCGGUGACCGUGAAGUGCAGCGUACCAUGUUGGAGCUGCUCAACCAGCUGGAUGGCUUCAGCUCUACCGCCGAUAUUAAGGUUAUUGCUGCAACAAAUCGUGUGGAUAUCCUGGAUCCUGCUCUGUUGCGUUCCGGUCGCCUGGAUCGUAAGAUCGAGUUCCCCCACCCAAAUGAGGAGGCUCGUGCUCGCAUUAUGCAGAUCCACUCCCGUAAAAUGAACGUGAGCAAUGACGUUAACUUUGAGGAGCUGUCCCGAUCGACGGAUGACUUUAACGGUGCCCAAUGCAAGGCCGUAUGUGUGGAGGCUGGCAUGAUCGCCCUGCGCCGAUCAGCCACCUCGGUAACGCACGAGGACUUCAUGGACGCCAUUAUGGAAGUGCAGGCGAAGAAGAAGGCUAAUCUUAACUACUACGCUUAAGCUAUAAAUUUGCAGUUUAACUCUACAUUGUCCGCUCGCCCCUUUAAAUAAACCAUGAUAAAUAAACACAAAAAUUAGUGUA